AUGUCUUUCCUCGCCGUUCCCCUCCUCAAACUCGGCCUCUCCCAAGCCAAAAAGCACAAAGCCAAGAAAGAUCUCCAAAAAUACCAAACCGCCGGCGUCUACCCGCCAAACUACCCAGAGCAACACCCAAUGAGCGGCUACCCAGCCGGCGCCGCGCCCGGCACAACCCUACACUUCGAGUCGCCCCCACCAGAACAAACCCAACAAGAAAAACUAAUCUUCAUGUUCUUCUCAACUCUCCGUUUCAUGCAAUUCGUCUUCGGUCUCACCGUCAUAGGCCUGUACGGAAGAGACGUCCACCACGACCACUCAGAGAACCACGCCUGGCGUUCGGAAUGGGUGUAUGCGCUCGUCACAGCGUUCCUUGCAACCGUGACCGCAGCCAUCCAUCUCAUCCUGCCGUUCGUAAUGCGCAAGGCCAAGCCUGGCACUGGCCCUGGCGCUAACCCUGCCCUGCUACUGCCGCAGUUCGCAUGGGAGUUUGUCCUUACUGUUUUGUGGUUGGCGCUCUUUGGACUCUUUGGGAAGAUGUAUAUUGGUGUUUAUCCCGUGGAGAAUUCGAGUGCGAAGGCAGAUGCGAAGGUGGAUUCGACUACUUCGGCGCUUGGUGAUGCGUCAAAGAUUAAUCGUAUGCGCCAUGCUGUUUGGAUUGAUCUUAUUAACUUGCUUUUCUGGGUUAUGACUGGUGCUUGGGUUUUGAUGCGCUGGUUGAAGAGUCGCAGGUCGGCUCCUUCUAAGGCUGAGUUUGAUGCUGAGAAGGAGGGUCAGAUUUAG